AUGGCACACACCACUGCAGGCGAGGAGCCGCUACCAGGAGACGCUGCAAUAUACUUUUUACCUUCCUCCUUAAACCUUACGACUUUUUUCCGCCGUCCCCAAUCAACUUCCGCCGCACCACACCACCUUUCCGCCGCCCCUAGUCAACUUCCGCCGCCUUACAUCGCCUUCCGCUGCCCUACCGAUCCUUCCGCCACGAUCUCCGCCCAUCUCCCUACCUCACGUCUCCUUUCCGCCGCCCCUAGUCCACCUCCGCCGCCCUACAUCGCCUUCCGCCGCUCUACCGAUCCUUCCGCCAUGACCUCCGCCCAUCUCCUUACCUUACGUCUCCUUUCCGCCGCUCCAAUCAAUGUCCGUCGCCCUACGUCACUUUCCGCUGCCCUACCGAUCCUUCCGCCACGACCUCCGCCCAUCUCCCUACCUCACGUCUCCUUUCCGCCGCCCCUAGUCAACUUCCGCCGCCUUACAUCGCCUUCCGCUGCCCUAUUGAUCCUUCCGCCACGAUCUCCGCCCAUCUCCCUACCUCACGUCUCCUUUCCGCCGCCCCUAGUCCACCUCCGCCGCCCUACAUCGCCUUCCGCCGCUCUACCGAUCCUUCCGCCAUGA